CAACUGUUCCUCGACGCCGACCCUUCUGCCUUCGCGUGUGGCCGCGCCGCCGCCGGCCACCGCCGGAGCACACUUCCGCCCCACGCCGCCCGCCCCCUUCGACUCCCGCGGCCCCUGCUGGCGCUGGCAUGCCCUUGCCUCUGGGUGAGCGAGCGCCUCCGGCCUACGGGCGGCGCAUCUCCGCGGCCGGCUCCGCCGGCGGCAUGCGCACCGGCCUGCACCCGCGGCCUCCUACCCGGCCGCCCCGACGCGAGCAGCAGGGGGCAUGGGCACCAAUUGCAAUCCCCUUUUGUGUACUGCUUUCUCCCUCAUUCCAUUUCAUUAUCCCAUCUCAAUUUCUCUUUUGCAUUCAUACAUUGAGUGGUUAAUAAUUGAGUAAUUGAUGCAUCCAUUUUUGUUGUUGCUGUGUGUUAUCAGAAAAUUUAGCUCUCUCAACUAAAUUGUUGAUUAAGAAAAGGAAAUAUCCUUAACCUGGUCCACCAACCCACCCAAUAGUAGUGCAUGAAAACAAUGCUACACGGAUCCGUGUUUGCCAAAAGAAAGAAAGAAAGAAAGAAAUUGCAAGUUGCAUUCUUGAAUGUAGAAAAUGGAUUCUCUUACGGUACCUUGUGGUGUGGUUACAUGUGGAGCAAACUAUUCCUUUUAACCUUUUUCUUUCUAAACUUUCAAAGUGGAAUUAAUUUAAAUUCUAAACCAUUUGAUGAACGAGUUCCGGAAUGACAUUUUGGGUUCAUCAAUUUGAGUUUAUUUUGCUGCGAUACAAAAUUAAUAGUAAGAUAUAAAAUAUAUAUCCGUUACCAUGCCAACCAGGCAUGCAUCUGACACAAGCCCAGGCUUGCAUCAUCUUGAAGUAGCCUCGUCAGAAAAACCAUAAGGACUUUAUCUGAUUUUGCUUGUCAAUAUCAUUAGGGCUUUAACUUGUGACUCAUAUUUUUAAGUAAUGACUUCAUCUUUUUGACCGAAUAAGUGAUGACUCUAUUGUUACGCAGCUUUAUUGACCAUAUAUUAUUGGAAGUGUCUUUUGGUAAUUCUAUGGACUGGGCUUUAGUCAAUAAAGCUCUCUUUUUUGGGGGUAAAAAAAGGAACUAUGUGCUUGCGUGUUCUUAGUCAGUGACCUGUCUCCACUAAGACGUUUCUUCACAUGUUUUGUGAACUAACAUAACUAGUUUAAUUUUCGUGCUUUCACAUGCUUACACCUACUCGCUUCAGUCAAAAUUUCCAGCUAUAUAUGCACCUAUGCCACGGGAGUGAGAGUUGGCACUACUAAUUGUACUGGCUGCAACUGCUAGAAAUAUUUCCUUCCAUUGACAUUGUCUCUCCAUAACAUGAGGCUUCAGGGAGUGAAGGAAAGAUCGCGCUCUCUCACAGAUCAUCCAGUGCAGCUCUCGUCGCCCUCGAGCACCUAGCUUGCUAGCAAUUCCUGAUUAUACCAGAAUAGAAGCAGUGCCUGGGAGCUGCAGAAAUGGCGGACAUUUGCUCUCUGAUCACAUACUUGAUCAUCAAUUGGAACCAGGAUACCUACAUCCUGUUCCGCAUCCGGUUUAUGAUCGGACUCCUCUUGGCCUUGUACAUCACUAUGUGCACUUAUGGCGUCGCUCCCUUCUCUCCUAAAUCUGACAGGUCAUCUACCUUGAAUCUCCUAGAUGCUCUAUCUGACUCAAUACUUGUGUACAUUCUGGGGGCAAAAAAUCAGGCGUUCCCAGUUUUGGCCCUUGCACUGGUCAGUUACCGUUCUACCCUCAACAGCCUCUCCAAGUACGGUACAUAUACUGAGUUGAGAAACAUGUUGAAGCUUUUGGCCGUGGCGUACAUGAAUGUCACACACGGCUUGUGGGGCGCCCCAUUCUGGAUUUUUUGGAGUUCCUUGGUCCUUAAGAGCCUCAACAGAAUCUUGGCACGCUAUCGAGUUUCCGAAUCCUUGUGGCAUGGCCAGAGUUCAGAACUUCUUCAGGAGUACAUGGAUGCUGUCACAACUGAUAGGUGCGACCCUGAGACAAUGCAAGGAUACACAUACUUGGUGUAUGGAGAGGCAGAGAGAAAUAAUAAGAAGAGUGGCCAUAGCUUGUACAACCUGAGGUCACUGAUCACCUUGGACAAGAUUUGGCAAUAUGAACACCCACUACUACGCUGCAUCAACAAGCAGGGGAACAACAUGAAGGAUUUGUGCCUGGCCGUUGCAUUAUCUCAGCUUCUCAGAUGUAGGAUGGAAGGAGCAACACUACAUGGGGAAUCGGUUUCGACAACCCGAAAGCUCAUAUACUCACAGAUCCUCACUAAUGCCGCUGAGGGGGUCCCCGCUGAUAAUGCUGAGAAGGUCCUGGUCAAGAAUGCGGAGAAGGCGUUUGGAACGCUGGGAAUAGAGCUUUCCUUCCUCAAUGAUUACCUCCACACUAGUUUCCCCAUGGUCUUUUGUGAAGGGUCGCUUCUCUCACUAACCUUCAGUCUCCUACAGUCAGUCAUCAGGUACAGCAUGGCUUUGUGGCUUAUCAUAGAUGUUGAUCAUCGAUUGGAGAAAAAAAAUACAGUACAUGAACCAUAUCUCGAUUAUAGUUUUAUUGCAAUGGCCAUAGCUUUUAUCAUGGGCGUCGAUAUAUUUGAAGUCAUAAUGUACAUCCUAUCAGACUGGACAACCUUGUUGUGUAUAUGCAAGUAUGUGAAUGGCAGUACAAUAUUUAGACACUUCAUCUUUUCAUGGGGAAGAAAUAUCUUCAACAGUCACCGGAACCCAUGUCUUCGAACUCGUACAGGCCAGUACAUUUUCGUGCAGUCAUUCAGCUAUAUCCCCUGGAAGUGGAAGCUGCUGCACACACUCAGUAAGUGGUCGCAAGUAAGGGUGAUGGCAUGAAGCUCAGCGACGCCAUCAAGCUCCCGGAGAUGGUGAAGGCAAGAUUUUUUGAGGCACUCUGCAGUCUCCAUUCCAGAACCUUCGAGGGCCGUCAUCUGCCGGCAGACCUCAUGCUGCUGUGUGCCACUGAGCAGCAGGUGAAUCAUCAGCAUUAUUGGCACGAAUGCCUUCAGCUACCAACAUGUUCUCAAGCCAUUCUUGUGUGGCACAUUGCGACCAGCCUCUGUGAGAUGAAGCUCGCCCAGGACAGUGGAAUGAACUUGAGCAACAAAGAAGAGCUUAUGAUAGAUGAGAAGUCUCUUGAUGGUGAUCUCAGAACUAACUAUGAAGUAGCAAACAGUUUGUCUCGGUACUGCGCAUACCUUCUCAUCGCCAGGCCGGAUCUGCUGCCUGAUACCAUUCUGGUGCCCAAGGUGAUCUUACAAAAGGCUGUUUCACAAGCUCGUGGAAUGCUCAGAGACUGCGAUUCAGUGCAGAGCGUGUACAAGAAGCUCCUCGCUGUAGCGCAGGAUGAACCAUCAGUACAAGACAGGCAGGAUAGAAAACUGAGUAUAAAUGUAGUGCAGCGAGGUGCCGUGCUGGGCAGGAAGCUGAUCGAGGACGAACACCAUUGGGAGCUCCUGGCCAAGGUAUGGGUCAACCUGCUUGUGCACAUCGCCCCCAGCUCCAACGCAGAAGCACACGCCAAGUACCUCGAGUUCGGAGGCGAGUUCGUGACCCUCGUCUGGGCGCUCUUCUGCCACUGUGGCAUCGAGAGGAGCCAACUGUGGCAGGAGAAAGCCAGCACAUCGAGCAACAGUUCUCCUGGAUCACCAUCUCAGCAGAGCAAUGGUUGUUUGGCUCCUACCACCCAGGUUCAGCAGACUGCAGUCGCCUCUGCUCCAGCGGCCGCUCUGCCUGAUGGCCAUGCCAGUGACCUUGAGAGUGGUGGAGACACUGAAGAAGUCAUGGAGACCAGUCCUACUCCCCAGGGCACAUCGCUUUAACCCCUUGCUCCCUUUAUUCAUCAUGGCUUUGAGCUAAAUUUGCAUCCCCAGAUAUUGUACCAUUUCUAGUUCUGGAUUGUGGCAUGUGUGGUUAUGAUUUGAUCGAUGUUGCAUGCAUGUUUACUGAUCCAAAAUGUUAUGGUGAUUUGUGUGGAUUAUUGUCGUACCGCGCUUUGUGUUACUGAUUUGAGUGGUUGCUGAUUUUUUUUUUUAUGAUGGAACAAAAUUGCUCCAACUGCAACUGGAGGCAGGUAGCUAGGCCGCAAAGCAAAGACUGUACAGUACUGUAGUAUAGCAAGCAGCAGAAGACAUGAUUCAGAAGCUUUUUCGUCACUGAUCGAGGAUAUUUUGCCCAAUCUCAAUAGAUGAAAUGGAUGUUCAUCACAAGUUCUGGUCAUCUUCCUUAUCAUCAUCAUUUCUUUUUUAUAGGAAAACUCUAAGGGAAGCCCUCAAAGCAUAAAAGUGCGGCACCCAGGAUUUGAACCCUGGGUGGGAGCACUCCAACCAGUGGCCUUUGCCAUUGCGCCGUGAACCCCUUCACAUUAUCAUCAUCAUUUCAUUAGUAAAUAAUCAAAGAGGCCAUCAAAAUAAUAACCUUAUUGUAUUUUUUGAGAUGAUGUAUAACCUUAUUGUAUUGGGCCAUGUUUGUUUCGACUUUUUCUAAACCUUGCUUAUCUGAGAAUCAAGAUUCUGAGAUAAGCCAGCUGUCUGAAGAAUCGGUUGUCUGGAUAA